AAAAGUCAUGUUUAUUCAGCAUAAUAGGAAAUGUAUGUUACACUGAAUUUUGUUACGUAUGUUGAAAAGCAGCCAAGAUUGCCUUGAUAAUAAUCACUGCGGCUGGUCAUCGAUGUCAUUGUAGUAAGUGCUGUGGCAAAGAAAUGAGAUUGGGCAAUGCAUUUGGGCAUUGGACGGGCAUAAACGUGUUGGGGGAAUAAACCUAGGAAGCCGAGCCACAAGGACGACGAAGGAAUAAGUAACUUGAAGAUUUCCUUCAUUGGAAAAAAGGAUCAGGUCAUUAAGUCACUCACAUGGGUCUCUACAGAGGAACAACAUCCACAUCAACUGCCCCCUGUCUUUUCCACCCACUAAUGCUCCUCAGACUGCCCUCUACAGAUAUCAUGAAAGGGGUUCUGUCUGAAUGGCACUGUAUAUGGAUUUGUAAUCAGUACAUCACGCAGGGCUGAAGAGAGCGAGUCUCUUAAAAAGCUGUAUGUUGCCACGCAACCUUAUGAAUUGCUGUCAAAAGUGCUUUGAAAGAACUAAAGGAAAAACAGGAUUUUCCCUGAGCCUAUAGUGUUGCUGUUUUGUAGGACGUCCUCUCAAGGUCCUCUGUUUGAAUAUAAAGGGAAUCUACCGUUGCUUCCACGGUGGACAGGACUGUAAACUACAUCAAGGCUUUAGGGGAGCAGUGUUCUCUCCUGUGUGGGCCGGUGACCAUGACCUCUCAGAAAGCUGUCUCGGAUGCUUCAUUGCCUUGUCAGGAUGUGAGCUCUCCAGUGAAAAAGCUGAGCAGUGAUACGGACGUGGAGACUCCUGAUGGGUCUCUGGGCGAGAGUGCUGGCAGGGGCCGAAUCCCCCUGCGCCAGUGGGUCAUGCACGGAAGCGUCAUGUUUGGACGAGAAUUCUGUUAUGCCAUGGAGACAGCCCUAGUCACACCAGUGUUGUUGCAGAUAGGUCUUCCAGAGCAGUACAACAGUCUGACGUGGUUCCUGAGCCCUGUCCUCGGUCUGAUCCUCACCCCUCUCAUUGGCUCAGCCAGUGACCGCUGCACCCUCAAAUGGGGCCGGAGGAGGCCCUUCAUCUUGGCCCUCUGUGUGGGGGUGUUACUGGGGGUGUCUCUUUUCCUCAAUGGGUCCCUCAUAGGUUUGGCCCUCGGGGACAUUCCCAACAGUCAGCCCAUAGGGAUAGUGCUGACUGUGGUGGGUGUGGUGCUGCUGGACUUCAGUGCAGACGCCUCAGAAGGACCCAUCAGGGCAUACCUGCUGGACGUGGCUGACACGGAGGAGCAGGACAUGGCCCUAAACAUCCACGCCUUCUCUGCUGGGCUGGGGGGAGCGGUUGGCUACAUGCUGGGGGGCUUGGACUGGACCAGCACCAUCUUGGGCACAGCGUUCAAGUCCCAGGAACAGAUCCUCUUUGUCUUUGCUGCUGUCAUCUUCACAGUAUCUGUGAUUCUUCAUAUGUUUAGUAUUAAGGAGGAGAGUUUUGAGGCUCGUGGGGACGAUCAAGGAGAGGAAGAGACCCCCAGUCUGACGACCUCCUCAGGGAAACUGAACGGGGGCCUUGCAGGACUUCGUAGUAUACCUCUGCUGGACCCUAUAGGAGAGGAGGAUGCCUUCGAGGCUUGCGUGGACACACAGUCAGAAAAGGAGGUCUUCCUCAACGUAGAAAGGGCAAGGAGUAAGAGUGACUCAGUGCUAGCCAUGCCUGAUGCCACCAUCCAGCUGGACUCAGACCUUGACCAAGAUGGGCAUUUCCUGGCUGACAUUGAGCCCUCCAUCUUCCAGGACUUUCAGGACUACCCCCAGGACUUCUACCCAGGGACCCCUGUGAGACACUACAGUGGAUCAGGCAUCUGGGACCAGGAGGUCCCUUACCAGCCCCAGGCAGACGGUAAGCUUCCCCUGUUCCUCCAGGAGUCCUACCUUUACAACAGCGGGGAGAAGUUUCUCCACACCCAGGUCAACCAGGGGGCCAAGGGUCUCAACGGGGCUUCCGGCCAGGGCUUUAUGCCGGGCCUAAGGCCGUCUAACACCAGCGCGGCGAGCGGAGCACGCCGUUUCCCCCACACCUUCUACCGCCAGCCCUCAUUCACCUUCUCCUACUACGGCCGAGUGGGUGCGGCACGCUUCCGCCAUCGCAGAAACACCGUGGGCAACGCGGCAGGCGCCAACCUCGUGGUCAAGGCCUCGCGGAGCUUGAACGACAUCUACGAUCACAUGCAGCAGCGGCACGGGAGGAGGGUUCUGCAGCAGAGCGGCGCCACGCUGUCCAGCGAGGACUCUGAGAGCGAGGAUGGGGACGAGGAGGGCACAACGGUCAAACUGCUCUGGCUGUCCAUGCUGAAGAUGCCCCCCCAGCUGAUGAGGCUCUGCGUCUGCCAACUUCUCACCUGGUUCUCCAUCAUCGCAGAGGCUGUCUUCUACACAGACUUCAUGGGCCAGGUCAUCUAUGCUGGACACCCCACUGCUCCUGCCAACUCCACUGAGCUGCAGAACUACCAUAAAGGGGUCCAGAUGGGCUGCUGGGGCCUUGUUGUCUACGCUGCUACAGCAGCAGUCUGCUCAGCGAUGCUGCAGAAGUACCUGGACAACUACGACCUGAGCAUUAAAGUCAUCUACAUCCUGGGUACGCUGGGCUUCUCUGUGGGAACGGCUGCCAUGGCAAUCUUCCCCAACGUCUACGUUGCCAUGGUGAUGAUCAGCACCAUGGGCGUCAUCUCCAUGAGCAUCUCCUAUUGCCCCUACGCCCUGCUGGGUCAGUACCACGAGAACAAGCAGUACAUUCACCACAGUCCGGGGAACUCGCGGCGAGGCUUCGGCAUCGACUGCGCCAUCCUGUCGUGCCAGGUGUACAUCGCCCAGAUCUUGGUGGCAUCCGCGUUGAGCGCGGUGGUGGACGCAGUGGGCAGUGUCCAGGUCAUCCCCAUGGUGGCAUCUGCAGGCUCCUUCCUGGGCUUCCUCACCUCUGCCUUCCUGGUCAUCUAUCCAGACUCCAUCACCCCUACCUCUGCACAGGGCGAGAAGGAUGGGUCGGUUGGAGAGAAGCCUAACAACCUGUUGGCGUCCGAACCAGGCUCCAGUGGUACUGUUAUGCAGGGGCCAGAAGUCCGGCUUAAACUAAUGUCCAUAGGCUGUAGCAGGAGGCCAGAAUAUGAGUCCACUAUUUAACAGAGAAAGGGGGGGGGGUGGCAUCACAAUAAUCACCAUUUGUGUCCUUUCUUGCAUCUAUACUGAUAUCACAAAGAGGGGUAAUGUGUGAGACUGUGGCCAAACGAUGACACUCACGAAAACACAUCACUGCAGUUGGGAUUGCUGGUUCAGUUGAACCGAUUUUUGUGCAAUUCUUAAAAUUGACAGAUAUGGCUGUGAUGCAGAUGGGUGUCUUGUUUUAAUUUGCUUAUUUUCCUUGUAGGGUACUAAUGUUUAUGUCACUGUCCUGAAUGGUAACCUAUUCCCUUUUGAAGUGCACUAUCUUCAUCAAGGGCCUAUAAGCCUCUGGUGGAAGGUAGUGAGUUGAAUAAAGAGUAGGGUGCCAUUUUGGACUAAUUCAAAGUUUUAAAGGCCUCUAGGAGGUAAAAGUAGCCACUUCAUGACCAUAUACCAUAAUGCUUGGAUUACACACUGAUUACUUUACAUUAAUGUGACUUGGAACUACUGUAGACAACUGUUAUAUAUU